CAUCUCCUUGUAUGAAAGCAAGCAUAUCCUAUGGGAUUCUUAGAGAGCCCUGAACAUCCAGGGUUGUAAUAAUGCAAAAAGUCAAGUUCAUCUUCCAUAAUUCCAUAAUCUACAAGUAAGACAGUAGAAAUGAUCAAUGGAAUAGAAGUAAAUGAAUCAUGAUGAAACUGUUUUCUUUUGCAGAAUAUUGCCUUCUUUGGAAUCUAAGUCAUGAGUUGGACGUUCCUCAGAGACCUCCUGAGUGGAGCAAAUAAAUACUCCACUGGGAUCGGGCGGAUCUGGCUGGCGGUCACGUUCAUCUUCCGUUUGCUGGUCUACAUGGUGGCGGCAGAGCAUGUAUGGAAAGAUGAGCAGAAAGAGUUUGAGUGCAACGUUAGACAGCCUGGUUGUGAAAAUGUGUGUUUUGACUACUUCUUCCCCAUCUCCCAGGUCAGACUUUGGGCCUUACAACUGAUCGUGGUCUCCACGCCUUCACUUCUGGUGGUUCUACAUGUAGCCUAUCGUGAGGGUAGAGAGAAAAGGCACAGGAAGAAACUCUAUGUCAGCCCAGGCACCAUGGAUGGGGGCCUGUGGUACACUUACCUUAUCAGCCUCAUUGUUAAAACUGGUUUUGAAAUUGGCUUCCUGGUUUUAUUUUACAAGCUCUAUGGUGGCUUUAGUGUUCCCUAUUUUAUGAAGUGUGAUUUGAAGCCUUGUCCCAACACUGUGGACUGCUUCGUCUCCAAACCCACGGAGAAAACCAUCUUCAUCCUCUUCUUGGUCAUUACCUCAUGCCUGUGCGUUGUGUUGAAUUUCACUGAACUGAGUUUUUUGGUCCUCAAGUGUUUUGUUAAGUGCUGUCUCCAAAAAUACUCUAAAAAACUCAAGUCCUCAGUGUGCGAGUGCCACAACCUCAGAUAUGUUAAAUAUGGUGAGAUGGGGGCCCCUCCCUUGCUCCAGAAGCACCAUUUAGACUCAGCCAUGAGCACAGCCCAGGGAGGGGAAACAAAGCUACUCUGUGGCACACAAGAGGCUUAAAGCAAACCCGCAUCCCUCUGAAGUAGACACAGGCUUCCUUGGAAAACGAAGGGUGUCAGCCUUAACGUCACUUGGGAGGAAUUUUUUAAUUUUUCAAUAUGUGCUAGACAGAGGUCUCAUUGUUUGGUGGUAGCGUUCAUCCCCAUGAACCCUACAUGAGUUGUGUUUGAAUGGUUAAUUGCAACUUAGUCUGAAGAAAGCCAACUAACAGCAUUCUUCUAAGUGCUUAGAUCUAUCAACUGGAAAAUAUAAAAAGUGACACUUCUUUCUAAUGUGAUGGCCUCCAAACAACAAUUGAGGCACUGGCAAUCGUUCCAAGUGGCAGCCAACGCUCCACUCACUCAGCCCUACUCAAACUUUGUAGAGAAAGCCUGUGAUGAGGGUGGGGUAGCAGCUAACCAGGGGCACACAGAAGCACAUUCAGUGAGGGGGUUCAGCCUGGGGAAAAUUCCACAGAGCCCAGGACGCUUUGCAGUUUAGGUGUCCCUGGAUAUAAGUGGACUAGGGGAAAGGAAAGAAAGCCAUCAUUUACUGGCCUCCAGCUUAAAUACAAAUGUUACUGGGAGAUAAUUCCACUUAAGCCUGAACUAGCAGACAUUUGCAAGGGUCGUUCUAGAGUCAUGAGGGAAGGCAGGUCCCACAGAGAGAAGCACAUUGGUAGGGAGCAAGGGGAAGACCCAGAUAAAGAAUAUGCCUACCUGAUAGUUACUGAACACUUAUCUUUAACCACAGAACAAUGAAAUACUUUGUAAAUUUCCAUACGUUGGACCUUUAUACAAUCAGGAAUUCACAAUGUACUAUACAAUAUGUCAUAGUUUGCCUACGAUUUGCUAGUACAUCUCCUUCUAGAAUAGAUAGUAAAAUGUGUACUAUGCUGUUACAUUGGUUCAAAAAAUGUAAAAAGAAGAAAAAGAUAUGUUUAUUAUCACUUGAUUUGAAAACUAUGGCUUUCUUUUACUUUCCUAUUUUAAAAAAAAUCACAGAUAUAUUCUCCUGGGAUUUAAUACUCUAACAUAUGUGCAUUUCUCCAGAAUAAAAAUGAAGUGUUUUUGCGGUGUGACUUGACUGUCAUCGAUAUCAUUACUUGGCUGCCCUGGGCAUGAUUGUUUUGUGAAAUAAAACUUGUUCUGACAAUUUUAGAAUAGGAUUUGCAACCCUGCCUGGUAAAGAUAGCUCAGAAAUCAUUCUUCUCCGCUGGGAUUUUUUAAACAAAAUGUAAGUUCAUAAAAAAUGUAAUUUUAACUAAAAUUAUGUCAUGUCUUCCACAGCCUGCCCUCUUUAACAUAAAAUGUCUCACUACAGUUCAUGCAUAACAAAGGUUAUUUGUGUCAUUAUGUAGCCUCCAGACCAUGCCGCCAACAGUGGCCAUAAUCUGUUUUAAAGACUGUCUGGACAGCAGAGAGGAUGUGAACUUUGUGGUCCCCCUCCUCCAGUUUACACCACAUGUCACUGCUGGACUCAGGUACUUGUAUCCAUUGUACUUGACCUUGUGACAUGAAAACAUGUUUGUGUUUUCACAAAAGCUAGCCUUCACAAAUUCAGGUAACCAGGAAGGACUUAAAGGAACGUAUAUUUUUUUCUACAAUAAUAGGUGGUUAGAGAGGUUUAAGGUUUUGGAGGCCCUGAUCAUGGCAUGGAAUCUAGAACAUAGGGUUUUAGUGCACAGAACUGGAAUGGACAUCAGGGAAUUUUUCAGUCUGAGGAUGAAUUUGCUGCCGAAACGCCUUUGGGGACCUCAGCCUCUUCACCUCAGUUAUGACAACAAGCUCUGCUCAAGCUAAGAGGAUUGGAUGCAUAUGUACGUUCUUGCCUUUCCACUUUGCGUACAGAGGAGACUUAAAGGUAAUGGAGGUAAAGGCCAUGCAUGAAGUUGUUUAGAUAGGAAGGGGAAUAAUUUUUUUCUUUUUAAAGCUUAAUUAAUUUACAAAAUGAGUUUCCUAUAUGAACAUUCUGGAGGCUGUCUUGGUGUCAGUGAAGACCCAAAGCAUUUGAUUGAGGGAAACUGGCAGUUAAAUUUUGCCAUCUUUAUUCUUUCUCUUCUCAAUAAAUAUUUAUGGAGUAAUGAUUAAUAGAAGCAAGACACUGUGUUGUGGAUCUUUAGAUAUAAUUCCCACCUCCAGAAAAUUUCCACUUCCAUUAAGGAGCAUGGAGGUGAAGAUGGGGUUGGGUAUCUCACACCUGUAUCCUGUAUUUACAUCACCUCACUUGACCCCCAUACAAGCUUCUGGUGCUCAGACAGUAACCUUAGAGAUGAAGAAAGUGAGACCCGCAAAGGCAGUUACUUCUUUCAGGGACACACAGCUAGUAAAAGCAGAGUUAACAAUCACCAUAGGUCUGCCUUAAACUACCUGCUCACCACAUCAGGCUUCCCAGAUCACUAAACAGAUGUCUUUCGAAUUUCAUUCAAGCCAUUCCUGACUUGCAAAUAUUUUGUUUCCCUUGCCCUCUUCCCCAGAAUCUUUCUGGUUACAACUUUGCCCCUGGCCACAGGGUUUCCUCUAAUUGGAGCUGGAGGGAAUUUUUUUUUCAAGUAUUGGAUAGAAGAAUGCCAAGCAUGCAAGUGGCUAUGGUUCCAGUCUUCCCAAGGAAAUUAAGCCAACUUUCUUCAGAGAGACAAACUGCAAAGACUGGAGGGGAGGGGAAAAAAGGCAAAGAUCUGA